UGUGGAAAUCUGCCUAAUGCACCCUCUAGAUGUGGCGAAAACCCGAUUGCAGAUCCAAAGGCACAAGUCUGAUCCGUCCAGUUAUAAGAGUCUAGGGGACUGCUUCAAGAAGAUCUAUCGUAGUGAAGGGUUGCUUGGCUUCUACAAAGGAAUACUUCCACCUAUCCUGGCAGAGACUCCAAAACGGGCAGUAAAAUUCUUCACCUUUGAGCAAUACAAAAAGCUGCUAUUACCACUCUCCCUUCCUUCCGCCUGGGUGUUUGCUAUAGCCGGCCUUGGAUCAGGAUUAACUGAAGCCAUAGUUGUGAAUCCUUUUGAGGUUGUAAAGGUCAGCCUACAAGCUAAUCGUGAUGCAUAUGCCCAGCAACCAUCUUCCUUUGCUCAGGCACAGCAUAUCAUCCAAAAACAAGGCUUAGGCCUGAGAGGACUGAACAAAGGCCUUACUGCCACUUUGGGACGUCAUGGUGUCUUCAAUAUGGUUUAUUUUGGUUUCUAUUUCAAUGUCAAGAAUGCUUUUCCUGUUAACAAGGAUGCAAGACUGGAGUUCCUACGGAAGUUUACGAUUGGUUUGGCCUCUGGGACGCUAGCAUCCAUCAUUAACAUCCCAUUUGAUGUGGCCAAGAGUCGGAUUCAGGGGCCGCAGCCAGAGGCCGGAGUGAUUAAAUAUCGCAGCUGCUGGAAGACGAUACUUAUCAUUUAUAAGGAGGAAGGGUUCCUGACUCUCUACAAAGGUCUUCUUCCUAAGAUCAUGCGGCUUGGACCUGGAGGUGCGGUGAUGUUGUUGGUGUAUGAAUACUCCUAUGCCUGGCUGCAGAAACACUGGUGACCCGGAGAGAAGCCACAUCUUCCUGUCCCUGUACAAAGACAUGAAGAUCAUCCUCACAGCUGAUGGGAACUUGA